AUGGAGGGCAAAUGCAAGCGUGCUCGUCAGGAGAUUAAGCGGUAUGCCCGGCAGGCUAUUGCUCAGUCUGGGUCAGCCUCGCGGCCCGAGGCGUUGUCCGUCGCAGCCCGAGUGCACAACCGGUCACCAAUCUUCCGUGACAAGAUCAGCCCCUAUCAGUUGGUAUUUGGUCAGAUCUCCCAUGACGAUUGGGGCAAUGUGAACGGUCUCCGCCACGAAGAGGGUUUCCAGAAGCUCUGUAAGGACGAUCACAGUGGAUUCCUACUGGAUUUAAAGACCAACAUCGACAGUACCCUGACCAUCUAUCGGGACUCCCGAUCCGGGAGAACAACGUCUACCACCGACUCGGUUAAGAUGAGUAACAAGGCUCGGAUCACCCGACGUUGGCGUCAAGAUUUCAAUAACUUGAGGAUCCAUAUCUGA